UUCCGCCGCUGCUUGCGUUCGUCACAAUCACUCACGCCUCAAUUGAUUCCACACGUGACAAAUUUGGGGUGUCUGUCCCAAGUAUCAGGAACGAUGGCAACCCUAGAUAGCGUGGAGCAGGAUUGGAGGGAGAUUAUGGCUUCUAAGGCAAGUAAGUGGAAUAAGAGGUCUCGACGGUUAUCACAUCUCACGAUAUCGACGCACUCCCCACCGCCGAGAUCCAGGAGUCCGGUAGAUGAUAUGGACGAGGUUGAAAUGGAUGAUUCCUCAUGGAGUGAGACGGAGAGCAGUGUCAGUACUGGCUUCUCAAGGAGUGUGAGGUCUAGAGCCACGACGCUGUCAGUCUAUUCCGGCAUUUCAUGCAGCAGCGAGGAAGAUCUCGACCUGGAUGGACGAGACGGAAAUUUCUUCACCUCAUUGGAUGACGACGACGAUGUAUCGACAACGUCAGAAGUUCCAGAGCCUCUCUAUGACCCACCUCCCUCCGCUCUAAACUCUGCACAGUACAAGAAAUGGGUCGAGGACGACCUCGGACUUCGCUCCUUCCCCACAAAGCACGUUGACUAUUUAUCUCAUGAUUGGCGCGAAGUAGAUAUCUGGGCCUCUUGGCGACAUCUCAUGUCCAAGAAAACAUCUUACAAUAAUGAGAAGAGACUGGAGAAUGCUUGCUGGCGAGUAUGGGGGAAGAAAAGAUAUGACCUGAAAACGGUUUCGCCCGAGUCUCUCAACUGGUUGAAAGAUUGUGACGUGACCUGGCUGUAUGGCCCGCUCCAACCUGGACCUAUCGAGUCAUUGAAAGCACUAUCUUUGGAAGAUGUUCCAGCACCUUCUGAUCGACGAGAAGGGCGUGAAGAUAUGCUCGAUCUCAAGCCAAUCUUGAAACGCCGAAGCGUGUCUGAGAAGAUGCUCGUACGCUCGUUGCUGUCUGCUUCGCUUCUCAAGCAAGCCACAGCAGCUGUCGAGGCUGAACGAUCGGCCCGGGCUCGGUCUCUGCCAGUUCUACCUAUUCUCGAAACGGCCGAGUAUCAUAAGUCUGUACGUCCAACGACUCCAGCGCUUAGCAGAUCCUCUUCUACCGCAUCGCUGAGACCAUUACUAUCCCACGGCAUGCCAGACAAGAAGCGGAUACAUUUCCAGGAGCAAGUGGAUCAAUGCAUAGCUCUGGAAAACAGCGAAAGCGAGUCAGACUCCCGCGGAGGGGCAUCAGAAUCAGAUAGUGAUUCCGAUGGCGGAGUGAAGGUCGCCAGAAGAACACCAUUCAGCAGAACAAAUAGUCGAUCGAGUAGAAGUGCCGAGAGAAGGAAAAGAAUCAUUGCGAAGUUGCCCUCGACGACCCUCCAUUAUAGCGAUGAAGAUGCAGAGCUGGUAGCGAAAAGCUGGCAGAGGUCCAAAGCUUCUCCGCCACCAUCACCGUCUCCAGAGGCGUUAAGUCCCUCAUUACCCGCUACAAACUUUAUGCUUGAUAUCGAAGGCAACGAAGAUGUCAUGGGAUGGAGCCUCGACGGUCCAUCAUUGGGAGCAGAAGACCGGGCAGACAAAGACGAGAUGUACAUUCUGCAGCAGAUUCUGCCAUCGAAGAACGACCUCCAUUUCCCAUGUCUUGUAUGCAAGGACUCAUCCCGGAUGUAUCCGAGUCAGGGUAGGAUAUUUGAGAGUCGCAAUGACUGGCUAGUUCAUCUAUGGACAGUACACCAGGACCCGUUGACAUGGGCACCUACCACCUGUCUUUGGGAAGGCUGCAAUUCUGACCAUAAAUUCAGAACUGCUGAGCUAUGGCUAGGUCAUGUCCGCACUCUCCAUUCCGGCCGACAGCACAAACGACAAAAGACAAUGCCGUUUGAGGAUGACAGCGAUACUUUUUCGCCGUUUGAAAAUGACAAGCACACUGAACCCCACGGAGGACUUGAGUUGGGCAGAAAGGUUUUCGGUGCUCUUACGACUGCAAAAGAUAUUGGGUCUUUUCUCUUGCACUCCGCUGGUGAUCCCCUUGCUGCUCAUGUAGAGUGGCUGAGGCGGUCCAAAGCAACGAACGAACUCGAAGAGGAUUCGCGUGUGGAAGCACCCCAGUCCAGCAAUAUGCAGUAUUUCCGCAACCUUGCUCGAAAGAUUCUGGGUAUUCCGAUAGACAAUCAAGCAACGCGUGACCAAGGUGAGAAUCCAGAUCAAGAGGCUUUGGUUGAACGACUUGCCGAGACCCUCAGUCUAUACGAGGUCGACAUUAGCCAUAUAGAUGACAUAUCCGAUUUAGAGGGACCUACAGACAGUACAAGCGACUCGGCAGUUCCCGAAAAAGAAGGGAAAGCUCGAAUGUCGGCGUUAUAUUCUAUGCUUGUCGCUAUACGCCAGAGUCUCAUCCAAAUUACGCCUCCAUCUGAAGUCACCAAUGGUGGUGUGGGAAGUGAAGAGCUACCGAGCUCAUCAGACUCACCCGAGGGGUCGGAUACUACGAUUGUCCCUUCCGAGUCCUUACUUCUAGGUCGAGACACGCCUCUGUCCAUGGUACUACCUAUCAGAAAUACAAUGACCCCGGAAGGAAAAGAUGACCAUACCGAGACCGAAGAAGAAGAGACGACAGAUUACGACAGCAGUGAGCUGGAAGACCUUCCUAGUGACGCAAGUGCCUGCGGUGACCUAAGUGAUGCUUCCGAGGAGAACAUCGCUCCUCAUGGGGAAAGCCUAUCAUUGGCCUUGGAGCCAAUGAGACAGGCACUGGUUGAUCGUGUCAUGGAUGAGUUCUGGAUUCUCUUCAACCAGAACUUCGAUUCGGGUUUCAGAGCACACGCUGGUGGGUCACGGAAUUCAUCCAGCCCUUCCAACGCAAGUCUCAUAACUAGUGCGGCUACUACGCCUCAAUCGAGCCAACCGCGAAAACGACAACGGGAUGAUGAGAUGGGAUCAGAUGACGAGGAUGGAAAUAUGUCGAGAAAGCCGAAGCGGAACUCGGGUCCAAGUGAUGAGUUAGGGGACCGUAAAAGAUUCGCUUGCCCCUUUCGAAAACACGAUUCGAGACGGUAUAGCACAUACUCUUAUAGAGUUUGUGCACUCUCUCAUUGGGACUCAAUUGCUCGUGUCAAGGAACAUAUUUAUCGCUGUCACCGAAUGCCAACUCACUGUAAGAGGUGUUGGAAGCCAUUCAAAAAUCAGGAGCAACUAGACACCCAUUUGACAGUCGAUAUUGCUGCUAUGUGCGAACUUGUUCCAGGUCACCCUCCUGAAGGCAUCACAACAGAUCAGGAGCGUCGUCUGCGAAGCAGGAAGAAGAGUUCUCGUGACCAGAGUGACGAAGGAAGGUGGCGAGAAAUGUACCAGUUACUGUUUCCUGGCGAAGAAGUACCUUCACCAUAUUUCGAACCAAUACGCGAUGAAAUGCCUGGUUCACCUGAUUCGCGUGAUCUCGCCAAUUAUGAAGACUAUAUGAGACGAGAAUUACCCCGACUAGUUAGAACCAAUAUCGAAGAUGUGGUUCGGAGAGACAUGCAACCUUUGGAAGCAGCUCUGAUAGGAAACUUGGUUGGUAUCAUCCAAGACUGUCAAGACCGACUGUUCCGCGGAUAUCGACAGAUGAGAGGCGAUGGAGCGGAGGCAAGUGCGUCACCGGUCUUGACCAAUGUCCCAUCUUUCACUGGAUCUUUCGGCGAGACUGGGGCCUCUCUCACCGACCAACAAUCACAGCUCCUUCAAGCCGCCUUUCAGCCUCCUCCACCUGCACCUUCUGAUCUAGGUAAUCAGAUACCGGGGAUUCAUCUAGAUAGGACGACUAGUCUGCACCACCAGCCUUCGCUAGACAUGAUCCUCUCGGAUUCAGGCUAUGCGAGUGAGCUCCCACAUUUCUGCGACUGUCCUGGUCCAGAAUGUACUUGCUCUGGUGGGACCUUGAACUCCUAUACACGUGAUGGAUUGAGCAACUUGAACUCGAACGAUAUAUUUGGCUUUGAAGAAGGUACAACAAAUAUGCAAUGGGAUGGAUGGGAUGUCUUUCCGAAUUGGGACUCACUGAAUUCAGUAGGAGGAGGAUUCAAUUCAUAAUGAGAGCGUUCACGUGAUGAUAUAUGGUUUGAUGUUUGGCUUUAUAAUGAACAAGCUGAGUGCUUUAGAUAUGACAUAAUGCAUAAUAACAGUUCUUACAAGACUGCGUGGCUUCAUAGAGUGGUUCU